AUGCCGCGCGCGGCGGCCACCGCGACUGGCGUCGUGGCCAAGCCGAAGCCGAGGAAGCCGAGGGCGCUGCCAUCGAAGCCACCAAAUGCCCUAACCCAAUCCAUCCCCGGACCCCCCCUCCGCCGCCGCGACAUCUGGCUCUAUCCCCUGUCCCUCCCGCCGGAAGUGAAGGUGUCCUCAUCCACGCGCUCCCGACCCCCCAUCCCUGCUGCCGCCGGUGAAGGUGUGUUCGUCAUCCUCGCGCUCCCCUCGGCCCUCGCUGCUGUCACGGUCGUCCGUGCACACCGCCAUGCGGCCCGUGCCCCUCAACCCCCUUCCAUCCCGGCCGCCACCGGGGUCGCGGCUGCCAAUAGCUCCGACGCCGACCUCAGUCCGUCCGCCGCCCUAACCCCCGCCCUCCACCACGUCCCCAGCCCCUUCUCCGGCCGUCGCCGCUCCUUUUCUCUCCCGCAAAGUCCCUUCUCCAGAUCCAUCAGCCGCAUGCCCGUUUCUGCAGAGCGGCAUCGCCUUGGCCAUAUCUCUCCAAGCGCUGCAGGCCGGUGGAAGUUGUCUUUGCUUGAAAAGGGAUUGAGUGCUGCUGAAGUUAGUGUUUACUUAGAUUUGGGUGAAUGGGUUGUUGUCAUCGUGAUGCAACAGAGGAAUCAGCGCUGGCCACUAGGAGGAGAUGAGAGGCUUGAGAUGGAUGCUACGACGGUGGUGGCAAAGUUAGGAGCUUGAGAUUUACAGGGACGAGGUGUAUGAUAGCACAGAUUAAUGUUCAAGUCUUCAUCAGCAGCACCUUGACAUGAAUCCUAAGAUCCAUCAGCAUUAUUUCUUGAUUAUUUUCUAGGGAGGAAUCCGAAGAUGAAUUGUUUCUUUUUUUAACAGAUUUCAUGGCUUAGCAUCUUAUGUGUUCCAUCUAACUCUGCCUGCAAUUUAUAUCUACUCCAAGUACACCACAUUCAGAACUGAUAUACAGCCUACAGUUAGAUCAGUUCAGAUUUUGCCAUGACAAUAUUACCCGUAUUAUUCAUGAUUCCUCCGUUGUGUAUAUCACUGUAGAAUACUACCUCUAUUCGUAUAUAGCAAAAUAGUUGUAUAAGUCUUUUAAAUUUACGUUCUUCUGUACAUUGUCCUCUACUACCAUUAAUUUUCCCUUUUUUCAAAUUGAAAUUUGAAAAGAGCAUGAGUUUUGAUAGGAUUUUGUAUAUCCUUCAGUUGCUUGCUGUAACCUUUUCCUUCUGGUACAUUGAUGUUGAUAGAAUCAUACCAAUUUCCUAUAAUUUCUUCUUCACAAAGAUGUUCUGUUUGUUUAGUUGGCACCAAAAUCCAGUUGAAAGUUUAUAGGAGGGUUAUUAGUAAAGCAAAUUUGUUCAUGAGGAAACAUACCAGCAAAAAAAGUCGAGCUGAAGUGUAAUUCAAAAGCUAUUAACAAAUUUUGCGCGUUCCUUAUGUUUUUAUUAUAAUUCUUAUUAUUUUUAGCUGGCAUUGAUAUACGAAAGAAUAUCUUGUCGCUUUUUUGCCCUCUCAUCGACCAUUGUAUUUUUUUAGUCAUAUCAGUCUAUCUAAAAGAAAGAAUGCAGCACCUUAUGUUUUUCUAUUUUUGGAAAUGUCUUAGGCGUGUUGUUUCAUAUAACUAUACGCUCUGCUCCCUAUGCCUUUCCCCAUAACCUUAGUAUGGUCAUUGUUUUAUCUUUCAUAUCCUUCAUCUUAAACUGAAAAAUAUGAACCAUUGCAUUGUGCUAAACUUUAUCAGUGAAUUUCGUGUAACAAGCUGAAAUAGAAUUUUCUCUGUUGCAGUUGGAAGCAUGUCACAUGAGUAUUGAGCUGCCAUUAUCUGCAAAUUCUUUAUUUGUUGAUAUGAACAUUAGUUGCAACAUGAAUAAUCAAUGUUAGUCGACAAUGUUGCUUCAUGUGCAUGAGCAUACGGUGUAUCUUUGACACCAUUCAUUUUGAACCACUAAAAUAAUAGAAGUGGUUUGAUUCGUAAGUUAUUUUUCAGGUUUCUAAACAACACUUAUUUGUUUUGUAUUUGCUGCAACGUAUGGACUUGAUGCUUUUCGAAAAUGUCGAACCACUAGAACCACUAAAAUAUGUAUGCCCUGUUGCAAAACACGGGCCCUUGUGCUAGUACAAACAUAACUAACUGCAUCCUGUUCAUCCCCAUCCUGGAUGGAAGUAGUAGAGAGAUGAGAGUUGAAUCUUAAAGUAUGAGGCCUACUUUAUGAUUUUAUUUAUGGUGAGUUGAGUUGUCUAUAUUGAACAUAUUUUUCUUUUUUGCAGGACCGUUGUUACAUGUUUACGCAUUUUGUUAGAGCAAUUUCUAGUGGAAGAAGGAACCUCAUACUGAUAAGAAGGUAACGGUUAUUCUAUGAAGUAGCGGUUAUUAUUGUAGCUCAAGGAUGACAAGAAGGCAACUAAUGUGCCCAGGAGGUGCAGGUAUUACGACAUAACAGAUACAUUAAGAUUAUUGUUUCUCUCAGAAAUAUACAUAGAUCAUUUUGAGCCUCGACUAGAGCGCCAGAUUUCUGCCCGAACUUAUAGCAUUACUAGAUAAACGUUUUGUAUCUUGUUGAUAAAACUGAACUCCACAUGCUGCAGUUUAUAAUUAAAAAUAUGAAAAAACACACAACACGAUCUGAAGCGCACAUACAUUGCUUAGGAGUUAACAUGCACUUUGGUGUUAUCACCUUGAUGGUCACAAUCUGAAGAUCACAUGGCAUAAACUGAACUUUACAUACUACAUUUUUUUUGGUAUGAAGUUGUACAUUUUAUUUCUACUUCAUCAGAUAACGUACAAACACAAUUAUUUUCAAACUUGUGCUUCUCUUGGCUGCCAAUCUCCCUAUGAGCUUCAAAGAACUUGAGCUGACUACACUUUCUACCAAAUUCUUGUGUAGUAUUUUCAGGCAAUCAGCCACCUAGUACACAUGGAUGUGAUGACUUUGGAGUGUUAUAGAGCAUUUGGCUGUACCAGCCAACUCAAUUGUAAUCAUGAAGCUUAUGUGUGUUCUGGACCAUUUGGUGCUUAAGUGUUAUGGAGUAGAAAUCUUGUGCUCAUGGAUGUAACUUAAGUGUUUUGGACCAUUUAGCAAAUAGGGGUAUUUUUAUGUGACUUGUGUUUCCUGGAGGGUUGUAAGAUAGACAAACUUUGCUAUGUCAACAUUGACUUGUGUUUGAGCCUGUGAUCAAUACAUAUAUGUAUUUUUGGUACCAUAUUAUCAAUGAUUGUGCAAUAUGUUCA